AUGGCUGUUCCAUCAGGUAAUGUGGUGAUGUCGGAUAAAAUGCAGUAUGCUGCUGCUGGUGGUGGUGGCAGUGUGGGUGGUGGCGGCGGAGCUAAUGAGAUCCACCCUCGACAGCAGUGGUUCCCGGUGGACGAGCGUGAUGGGUUCAUCUCGUGGUUGAGAGGGGAAUUCGCCGCUGCAAAUGCGAUGAUUGAUGCUCUCUGCCACCAUCUAAGGGCUGUCGGUGAGCCGGGGGACUAUGAUUUAGCUAUAGGUUGUAUUCAGCAAAGGAGGUUCAACUGGAACCCGGUGCUUCAUAUGCAGCAGUAUUUCUCUGUUGGUGAGGUGGUAUUCGCAUUGCAGCAGGUAGUGUUAAGGCGGCAGCAGCAGCAGCAGCAACAACAACCGCAACAGCACCAGUACAAUAGAUACUAUGCUGAUCAGCCCAGGGCUGGUGCCAAAGAAUUCAAGAGGUCUUUUGGUGGUGCAGGGUUUAACAAAGGGCAUAGAGGGAGUGAAGCACCAAAAGAGUAUGUUCGUACUAGUUUAGAGAGUAACAAUUUAGAUGGCAAUGGUUCAGGAAAUGUAAGUAGUGAUACAAAGGAGGAUCCUAAAUCAGGUGCGACUAAUGGUAAAAUGGACGAGAAGGUUUCAGCAGUUGCCCAGGAUAAGAAAGAUGUUACCACAUUGCCACACAAGGAUAGCCAAUUAAAGAGUGGUCGAACCUCAGAAGAAACCGUGUCUGGGAAUUCAGAACCUGAGCCUGUGGCUGCUGAUGAUCAACUUAUCCUCAAAGAGAGCAGCUCGGUUAUCAGUCAGAAUCAGAAUGAGAUGCCAAAUCCCAGUGGCAGUCCAAAGACUUUCAUUGGAACAGAGAUAAUUGAUGGAAAGGCGGUUAAUGUUGUCGAUGGAUUAAAGAUGUAUGAGCGGUUGCUUGACGACUCUGAAAUCCCGAAACUGGUUUCGUUGGUUAAUGAUCUGAAGGCUGCAGGUAGAGCAGGGAAAUAUCAAGGUCAAACAUAUGUUGCCUCAAGGCGACCGAUGAGAGGACAUGGAAGAGAGAUGAUUCAACUGGGUCUUCCUAUAGCUGAUGCACCUGCAGACGAAGAAACCCCUAAAGACCAGAAAAUCGAACCAAUCCCUCCCUUGUUGCAAGAUGUCAUUGACCGUAUGGUUGGCGCACAAAUCAUGACCACAAAGCCAGAUUCGUGCAUGAUCAAUAUUUUCAACGAGGGUGACCACUCGCAGCCUUACAUGUGCCCUUCAUGGUAUGGAAGACCUGUGGCCAUUCUUUGCUUGACUGGAUGUGAGAUGGUGUUUGGCAGAACGAUAAAUUCUGACCAUGCUGGGGACUACAGAGGCUCUCUCAAGCUAGCUGUUGAGCCUGGAUCGCUUUUGGUGUUGCAAGGGAAAUCCUCUGAUUAUGCAAGGCAUGCACUUCCUGCACUUCGAAAGCAACGGAUUCUCGUCACCUUCACCAAGUCCCUACCUAGGAAAUCUUCCCCUGGCGAUGGUUCAUCACAGCGUCAUACACCAUUAUCCAACACAGCAGCCCAUUCAUCCUCUCACUGGGGUCCACCGCCAAGUAGAUCGCCAACUCAUCAUGUUCGUUAUGCUGGGCCAAAGCACUAUGUUCCAACAACUGGUGUACUGCCUGCACCAUCGAUUCGAGCUCAUCAUCAGAAUGGUGUUCAGCCACUCUUUGUAACUUCUCCAAUCGCGGCACAGGUGCCUUUUCCUUCCCCAGUCCCCAUCCCUACUCCUGUUCCAGCCACCUGGGCAGCAGCAGCUGGUCAAAGGCAUCCCUCACCUCGCCUGCCAACUGUCCUGGUGCCCGUCCCUGGGACUGGCGUUUUCCUGCCUCCAGCAGCAAAUGAAACUGCUGCUGCAGACUCGGCUCCUUCCCCACCUGAGAAAGAAAGCGGGCAAGGGAAGCCUAGUGAAGGAGUGAAGGCCCCGUUGAAACAGGAAUGCAAUGGAGUGGCAGCCAAGGCAGAAGAGCAGGUCACCGGAGCUAAUGGAGUGUAG